CUGAUUCUGAGCUGCUGGGAGAAUCAUCGGCAGGCUGCUGACUGAGGAGCAGAGAGAGGAGCAGAGAGAGGAGCAGAGCGGGAAUAAAACACGGAAUAAAACACACACAGAGGGAGGAGGAGGAGGAGGAGGAAGGUGCACUGGUUGUGGAUACCUGCGCGUCUCGGUUCCGGCCGCAGGUGCGCUACAGUCCCUCUGAAGGGAGUUUUUUUUGGGUCCGGACAGGGAAGUGAGAGAAGAAGAUUCUUCCUGGAUUAUUUCUCUUUUCCUCAUCCGGUCUCAGCUGUUUUUCACACAGCAAACUUUCUCAGCUUCUGCACCGCCUGCAGCCACAUUGCAACUCAGAUCUUCAUUCGGAUCUUUGCAACAAAAAAAAAAAAUCGUGCAACUGUUUCCACUCCAAACGCGGAUUAUCACACUGAGAAUUCCUCCAAAGUGCAAACUUGGGACGCGAAACGGGAGCGUUUCCACCUCCAUAUCUCUGUGUUUUUUUCUUCUAAAUGUGUUGAUGAAGAGGACAAUGUCUGGAUUAUUACAGCUCAACAUGCCCCGGGGAAGAGGGGAAGAGUGAGGCAAGGAGGGUAAAGAAGAAGAAGAAGGGAAGGAAGGAGGGAAGUCGGUGGCGUUUGGCUGCCGUCCACUUGUUCCUUUGCGCCUCGUUCUCUAUCUCCCACCUUCUUUUUACUGGAUACACGGACACACAGCAGAGAGCCGCGCGGGGAGGACCUGCGUUCACACCCUGGGCCAGAGGGAGGUGACUGUCUGAAGAAAUGCCGGUCUCAGGUGCCCUAGUACAUGACCACCUGGACCAUGGCGACUCCUUGUCCAAUCAGAAGAGAGAGGUGCUCCCAUGGCUCCGCCUACCUCGCUAGAUGGUCGGCGUCCUCCUUAAUGCUCCUAUGGUUGCCAUGGGUGUUGCUAUGGCUGCCGUGGCCCGCCCGAGCUGAACAAGUGGGUGGCGGGGUGCACGGCGGGAAGGUGCUCCACGGCUCCUCGUCUUCAUCCUCCUCAUCAUCCUCUUCCUCGUCCUCCGCCUCGGCCCCGUCCGGCUCCUCCUCUUCUUCGGCGUGGGGCUUCAACACGAGGCAGAGCGGGGGGCAGCUGGACUGGCUGCUGUCGGAGAAAGGACCUUUCCACAGAUGUCCGGAGUACACAGAGUUCAGAGAGAGGUUCCAGCAGGGAUUUUCUACCAGAUACAAGAUUUACAGGGAGUUCAGCCACUGGAAGGUGAACAGCCUGGCAACAGAGAAGAGAGAUUUCCUCAAAGCUCCGUUGCCCUUAGCGCCAGAGUUCCUACGCAACCUGCGGUUACUGGGGCGACGGCCAACCCUGCAGCAAAUCAACGAAAACCUCAUCAAGAAGUACGGGACCCACUUCCUGGUCUCUGCUACCCUGGGAGGAGAGGAGUCUUUGACCAUUUUCCUGGACAAGCAGAAACUGAAUAAGAAGUCUGAGGGGAGCAGCAACAGCUCGGUGGUGUCUCUGGAGCUGCUCCAUCAGCUGGCUGCUUCCUACUUCACAGAUCGAGAGAGCACCCUGAGGAGACUGCACCACCUGCAGAUAGCCACCUCCGCUAUCAAGGUAACCGAAACAAGGACGGGCCCUCUCGGCUGCAGUAACUACGACAGCUUGGAUUCAGUUAGCUCGGUGUUGGUGCACAGCCCGGAAAAUAAGAUCCACCUAAAGGGCUUGCAAGAUGUCCUGCCAGAGUUCCUGCAUGGGCGUUUUGUGGAGGCAGCCCUCAGCUACGUGGCGUGCAACUCGGAGGGCGAGCUGCUCUGCCGCAACAACGACUGCUGGUGCCGCUGCUCGCCACGCUUCCCAGAAUGCAACUGUCCCUUUGCGGACAUCAAGGUCAUGGAGGAAAACCUGGAAAAGAGCAAAGAGGCCUGGAGCAACUUCAACCAAGACUUCAUGGAGUCAGAUGAGUUCAAAGCCCUCCUGAAGCGCCUGCCCACUGACCGGUUCCUCAACGUGUCCAUGAUCUCUAAGUUCUGGUCGGCUGACUUGGCUCUGCAGAAGCGCUACGGCCAGCUGGAGUCCAGCUCCGCCCUGGUCCUCAGCAAGGCCCACAAGAUCGUCAGGAAGCUGUUCACGCUGAGCAAACGCUGCCCCAAACACCCCCGCAUCAGCCUGCCCCGGGACAGGCCGGUGGGGUUCUGGCUGAGCCGGGCCCAGUCUCUGCUCUACUGCAGUGAACAUGGAGUCAUCGGCUCCUUCUCCGAGGAGGUGAAGAGCUGCAGCUGCCCCGUGGAGACGCCGUCCUGCCAGGGAGUCAUCCCCUGCAUGGUGGGCACCUCCUCCACCUCCUGCUCCUCCUGCGCCGCCGACAACGCCACCCGCUGCGGAGCCUGUCACCACGGCAACGUCCUGCACCUAGGCUCCUGCCGGCCGAGCAUCGCCGCGUCCCUGGACCACUACCUGAACUUUGACCUGGACAUGCCUGAUGCUGAGGUGAAGUACCUGCUCCAGCGACUGGACAGCAGAAUCGAGGUCCACGCCAUCUACAUCAGCAACGACGUGCGUCUGGGCAGCUGGUUCAACCCGGCCUGGAGGAAGAGGAUGCUGCUGACGCUGAAGAGCAACAAAAACAAGUCCAAUCUCAUCCACAUGCUGAUGGGCAUUUCCUUCCAGAUCUGCCUGACUAAGAAUUCAACCCUGGAGCCCGUUCCCGCCAUUUACGUGAAUCCUUUUGGCGGGAGUCACUCAGAGAGCUGGUUCAUGCCGGUGAACCAGCCUGAGUUCCCCGACUGGGAGAGAACUCGACUGGACGCCGUCGUCACGGCGCAGUGUUACAACUGGACGCUGUCUCUAGGCAACAAGUGGAAGUCCUUCUUUGAGACGGUGCACAUCUACUUGAGAAGCCGAAUCCUGACGGACGACCCGACGGUGAACGAGACGCUCUUCUACGAGCCGCUGGACCUCGACGACCAGACGUCCAACAUGGGCUACAUGAAGAUCAACACGCUCAAAGUGUUUGGAUACAGCAUGCACUUUGACCCCGAGGGCAUCAAGGACCUGAUCCUCCAGCUGGACUACCCUUAUACACAAGGAACGCAGGACGCCGCCUUCCUCAUGCUGCUGGAGAUGCGAGACCGGAUUAACCGUCUUUCUCCACCGGCGCCGCAGCCCAUGGACUUGUUUUCUUGUCUGUUGCGCCACCGGCUCAAGCUGUCGGCCGGAGAGGUGGCACGCAUCAAGGACUCUCUGCAGUUGUUCAACUCCAAACUUCCCAACGCGUCUCCUGAACCUGAGCUAGCCCAGCUGUGCAGCUAGCUAGCUUAGCGCACAAGAGUGAGAAAGCGGAGUGGACUGAGUGAGGGAGCUCCUACUGAAAUGAGCCUUUUUUUGGACCCGAAUCCUCUGGAUUUAAAGAACAUCCAACUCUACAGGCGGACUGUUGGGCUUCUUCUUCUGCUCACUCUUGUCUUGGCUGGUUUUCUGGUGUCAUGUUUUUAUCAGAAAUUGCUACCAGAGCCGUUUGAUGAACGUUGGAGUCGCGGCGUGGACUUUUGGGAGAACAGCUGAUACUUGGACGCUCCUUCAGAGGCUCCACUGUACCAGCCUGGAGGCUUAUACUUUUGCUAUUACUGCCCUGCUUUUGGCAAACUGUCCAAGUUGGAGGAAGUUGAGAGAGCGUCCUACAACGACUUGAGGCUUUGUGAUCGGGAGCCUCGGAGAGCUGAUGUCAUAGAGACGUCUGCCUUGUAAAGAUAAAGGCAGUUUUGAUAUGAAAAGAGGAACUCUGAAGUCUUCAAUACAAGCAAACGGAAGAGAAGAUUUCCCCUUUUCUAACCCUAUUUUCUUUGGCUACAGAACAAUCUGGUGGGAAGGGGGAAAUGGGAUAAUAUUAUAUAUGUGGUGAAUGAGUUGUUAUGUUAUGCUUAACAGUUUAAAAUUUGAUAAUCCUGAACCCUGUUACUGUCUUUGAAUAUUUCUUUUUAAUCCCUGCCUUCCAUUUUAUCUGGCAUUUGAAAAACGUGUAAGUAUCUACGCUUAACAUGGGAGUGAGAAGCCUGUUAGUGAUGUUCUGUCCUUGGUGGUGUGUCUAAAAACCGAAAGAAGGUGAACACAUUGGCAAAGUGAAAAAUGGCGAAAUACCUUAAAUGUCGAGUUAUUUUUUUUGAGCUGAAAAAUCAUCUGGAAAUCUUUUCCGAUGUGAUAACAAAAAGGUGUGAGGAUCCAGCGCUGUACAUAACGCUCCAUCUAACCCCAGGUGUGGACAAGUGCACAUUGCUUUUUAGAUAACCGAGUGCAAAGACCAAAAAAAUGUUUAUAACAAAACAAACUCAUGCCUUAUAUGGAGAGUCAAUGUUAAGAUAAGAAGCACAUUUAGUUUCUGUGUUUGAUUUCCCAGCGGAGGCUGUAUUGCUUUUUAUAUUUCAAUAUUUCUACCAAGACAGAACAACAGACACAUUCUCCAGAAUACGUGCUAAUGUAGCUUUUCCAUGUUAAUGCCAGUCACACUUUCUGCAGUUUUUGAGUUGGUGUUGUGAAACUUUUUGACUCACUAUUCACAGUGCACAGCAGUACUUUGUAAUUGUUCUGCAAAACCCUUCUAUCUCCGACGAGACGAACGAUUCUCGAUUGAACCUGGUUGGGUUUUUAAUGGAUAUCAAUGGUCUGGUUUAGUCUCAGGUUAAUGAAACGCUUCUUUAAAAGUGGCUCCAACGUGGGCUGCCAGUUACCACGACUGGAGUUAAAAGGUUUCUGCAGGCCACUGCUGGUACUCUGGAGAGGAUGAAUAUGAUAUGAUAUGAUUCUACAUUUACUUCACUAAUUUCUCACUGAAAGACAGUAAAACCUUGUAUGUCAUUCUCAGCAGUUCUUCUGUGCUCAGCUUGCUUAAGUAAAAACAAAGUGGUUUAUCUA